AUGUAAAUAUAAUUAAAGAAAUAUAGAGGAGGAGGUUAUUUUAAUGAUGAUGGAUUAAAGACUGGAAAAUGGAUUGAAUUACAUCCUAAUUUUUAUGAGUACAUUAUUUAGAUAUAUAAUGAAGAUUAUCUGAAAUGUUUUAUGUUGGGGAAUAUUAAUUAGGAAAAAGAAUUGGAUUUUGGAAUUUAAUUAAUAAAAAGAAAUAAAUGUAAAAAUUGAAUUAUUUUAUAGAGGUGGAGGAGUUUAUAAUGAAAAUGGAUUAAAAGAUGGUAAAUGGAUUGAACCACAUGAACAUUUUUUUAAGUAUUUAAUCGUCUUCAAUAUCAGCUUUUGUUAAGUAAUAUUUGUUGGUCAAUAUUAAAAUGGAAGAAAAUGUGGAAAAUGGGAAACUCUGCACUAGCAACUAGGAAAUAUCAAUUAUAUUGUUAUUGGUGGAGGAGUAUAUGAUGAUUUUGAUGUUAAAAAUGGUAUGUGGAAAGAGCUGCAUGCUAAUUUUUAAGAGUACAUACAUUUUUAUUGUUAAGUUUUUCAGUAGUAAUUAAUGAAGGACUUUAUUAACAUGGUUAAAAAAUUGGAAAUUGGAAUACAUUGUAUAGAAAAUAUGGAGAUGAAGAAUUUUAGACUAUGUAACAUAAAAUUUUAUCUUUAGAGGAUCAGGAUAUUAUGAUGAAGAUGGUUAAAAGAAUGGAAUUUGGAAGGAAGUAGAUGUCAAUUUUUGGGAGUAAGUUUUAAUUAAUAUAAAAUUAGUGAAUGUAUAGUAUUUCAUACUGGCUAAUAUCAUAAAGGAAAGAAAUUAUACAAAUGGGAUACAUUUAAUUAAAAUUAAUUAAUGUAAUUUAAUGGCUAUUUAAUAGAGGUGGUGGCUAAUACAAUAUUGAAGGUAAGAAACAAGGUAAGUGGAUUGAUAUAGAUGAAAAUUACUCAACGUAAUAAAAAUAGUUAUUAUAAUAGAUCUCGAUCAAUUUUAUAUGAAGGAGAAUACAAAAAUGGAAGAAAAGUUGGAACUUGGUCCAUCUUAAAAUAUAUUUGUAAAGAAAUAACGUUAAUCAUGUAAAUAUAUAUAUAUAUAUAAUGACAGUGGUAGUGGUACAUAUGAUGAUGGUGAAAUGAAAAAUGGAAAAUGGCAUGAGUUAUUAGAUAAUUACAGAGAGUAAAAUAAUUAGUAAUUGAUCUAGAAACUGUUAAGCUAUUUAGAUAGGUAGUUAUAUGAAUGGAAAAAUUUAUGGAAAUUGGAAUUAUAUUUAUAAGCACAAUAAUUCAUUAAAUUUUCAUAAAAUGUACAUUUUAUUAUAUUAAACUAGAGGUGGAGGAUAAUAUGAUAACAAUGGAAAAAGGGAUGGAGUAUGGUUGGAAUUAUAUGAAAAUUUUUCAGAGUAUUAUGUAUUGGAUUUAUUUUUAGAAAUUGUUAAGUCAUUUUAGUGGGAGAAUAUCAAAAUGGUUAUAAACAAGGAAGAUGGAAUUCAUUUUUUAGAGGUUGUAAUGAAUAUACUUAUAAAACACUGUAAAUUUUCAUUAAAGACAUUAAUUAGUGGAGGAGGUAUAUAUUAAGAGGAUGGUUUUAAAAAUGGAAAAUGGAUAGAAAUACAUGAAAACUUUUCUAAGUAUUAAUAAUCAAUUAUUAUCUUUUAGUUAUUGGUAGCAAAUAAUUGAUGUCGAAUAUUAAAAUGGCAUAAAACAGAAAAUAAUAUGA